GUCGCUCUCCGGAAAAGCAAAGUGCUUCACCUGUCUUUUCUUUCACAACUUUGUCGGAGUUCUUCAGCUACAGCUACGUCUUCAGUUGAAAGAGGUACUCGUGCAGCUACGUAUGUAUUUAGAAAAGGUACUCGUGAGUACGCGGGCAACCGCACGGUGUACUGUUUUGACUCUUCACCGAACCUGGCAAGCCACGCACCCGAGUAGGAGUAACCGGCUGCCGUUGCGAACAACGUUUCUUCUCAUCUGGAGCAAAAACAACCAGACUUAUGCCACUAUAAAAGCCCUACAGUCUUAGCGGAGUCGACUCCCGCGCGUUUUUCUGUAAGUCGCGUGACGGUCUGGAGGAAGACUGCAGAGGGAACUCUCCAGUCGACCCACACAUCAUCGUUCAACAAAGACAACUGCUCUCUCGCUUUCCAGUCGUCUGGUGUAGAUUCUCGCGUCUAGGUUCAUAGUCCACAGUUUCACAGCCUCGAGGCGGCUUUUUGUCCGUGGGGAGUGUGCGUGCAUUCCGGUUUUUUUUCGAACUGGAAAGCACCACCCCUGGCUGGUUGUUUUUGUGAUGGAGAGACGGGGCAGCACACAGCGUAAAGUGCGCCUUCAUGGAGUGCAUGCACCCGCAACUCUCUCGCCCGUCUUGUGCCAAUGAGGACGACGGAGAGGGGAAGACGGACGGUCUCGUGCUUCCUGUGCUUUCGAUGCCCCGCGGGGAUGCACUCCAUUCAAGAGACAGCGCGUCCGCUGCGUUUAUCUUCAAUCUUUCUUCCUUUCUCAGUCUUCCUCUCAGCCUCUCUCUUCACCCUCCGUAAAAAUGAAACUCCUGACGCCCAAGGACGAUGUGCGCGGCCGGAAGGUGCAGUUGGUGGCGGCUUUCCUGGACCUGCCGCUGCAGACUGUGCCUUUCACCGUGGGGAAGGACGACAAGGAUCCGGCGUUCUUGGCCAAGUCGCCUCUGGGGCGUCUGCCCCUGUUGGAGUCCGAGGUCGGCGGCGUGUGUCUGUUUGAAAGCAACGCGAUUUGCCGCUUCCUCGCGCGACUUCGCGCCGACAAGUGCCUGUACGGCGAGACGCUUGCGGAGCAGGGACAAGUGGACAUGUGGUUGGACUUCUCGACCCUCGAAGUCGAGAUUCCGAUGUGUUGCUUGGUGCAGGGGGGAAAGGUUGCGGAGCGCGCGCAGAGCGACCUGGCGCAGGCACUGAACGCGGUCGACGCCCACCUGAAGACGCGCACCUUCAUGGUGGGCGAGAACAUCACCAUUGCAGACUUGUGCCUCGUCGCGGUGCUGAGCUACGGCUUCCGGUCCGGCAAGGUGGACGCCGCAGCGCUGCUCGAGAAGCGUCCGUACUUGAAGCGCUUCUACGAGACCGUGGUGAAUCAGAAGAGCUUCAAGAAGAUCUUCGGCGAGGCGAAGGCAGCGCCACAGGCCGCCGCCAAGAAGGAGACUCCCAAAGCCGCGGCGAAGCCUGCACAGAGCGCCGGCGAUGACGAAGAACCGGCGAAGAAGCCUGCAGUCAAGUGCGAGUUGGACUUGCUCCCAGAGCCGACGAUGGACCUGAAUGAGUGGAAGCGCGUGUACUCCAACACGAAGGACCUGUAUGGCACAGCGAUGAAAUGGUUCUGGGAACACCUCGACGCGGCAGGGUAUUCCUUGUGGUACAUGAAAUAUCAGAAACUCGAGGGCGAGUGCACCGUCGCGUUCGUCACCUCGAACCAGCUCGGCGGCUUCCUGCAGCGGAUCGACCCGGCCUUCCGCAAAUACUCCUUCGGCGUCGUCGACGUGAUGGGCGAGAACGGCUGCUUCGACAUCGAGGGUGUCUGGCUGUUCCGCGGCCAAGACGUACCCAGCUUGAUGAAGGACCACCCGUCGUACGAGUACCACACUUGGCAGAAACUCGACGUCGCCAGCGCAAAAGACAAGCAACUCGUCGCAGACUUUUGGUGCGCGUGCGACGACAUCCAAGGUCGCCCCAUCGCCGACAGCAAGGUCUGGAAAUAAAAGGAAAUAACGCACUUCGCGAAACGAAGGGGCGGCAACAGAGGUGUGUGUCUUUGGUGCUGUGAAAAAAAGCGACGCGUAAAAAACGGCGAGAAAUGUUCGUGGCGUGGCGUGCGGUGAGAGGGGUACAGUGGCGAGGGUCACAAACCCAUGUGCUUCGAUUUGAAUGCGCUUCCAUCUGUACACCUGGCUCUUCCGUGCGUCCUUUCAGUCUCUCCUAAACAUCUCGUUUCACGCGGGUGCAGUUGCGGUACUUCAGGAGCUUCGCAGGCGCCGCUCGCGCGCGCUCCCCGCUCUAGGAACUCUCACACGACCCCAUUUAUGUCAACUCGCGUCUAGUGGCUCUCCGGGGCACCAGCAAACUGUCAAAAAUCGCCUCAGCCAUUCGCUACCGAGAGCUUCUGAUUUGGUCGGAACGGUGGCGCAGAGGCGCUUCCCGCAGUCGUCUUCCAGUCACGGACGUGUUUUCGUUACGAGUGACCUAGCUUGUUUGUGGAGCUCGAAACGAGUCUGAUCUGCGCGUUCGUUGCGGCUGCCAUGUCUCGUGGAAGAAACGGGGACGCGUUUAGCGGAGAGUGGUGGUCAGUGGCAGGACCGCAACAGAUGAGAGUAGUGAACUUAAUAUACUCGGUGAGGCAGUUCUAACAAAGAGCGGAGCAGGCGUGAGGAGAUGCGUGACCUCGGCCUUCCGGUACGAAUGGCAGGCGGUGGUGAGUAAACCACGUGCCGUGAAGGGCACUCAGUGCGAUGAAGAAUUAGGAAAUGGACGAAUCCGCUUCCUUGUAGUUGCUGGGCAGAAACGGAGAAACUGGGCACAAAAAAACACCCUCCCUCGAGAGAGCAGCGAAGGCACUGGGGACAGACCAAGAGCGAAGAAGCACU